AUGCAAAACCUGGUAGGCAAGUCUCCGCACGGGUACUGUGCACCCAUAUAUCAGCUCCGAGAAACGACGCUUGACUUGCUGGAGGAGUUGGAUUCGACUGCUAUUCUACCACACCAUGGCUGCCAGCUCUUCCGGGCCCCGAAGCGCCCUCGCCGUAAGCCCAUCGGCUUUUCCAAGCCAGAAGCUACCUGGAUGCACCCCAUCAAGGAAACUUACUCGCCCCCUGAUAGAAAACCACUUGGCAUGAUGCCGAUGCAGUUCGUACCGCAUGACGAAGACUGUCAAGGCCAUGUCGAUGUCCGAGUGAUCGAGAAAAUGUGGCGUAAUCGUUUCCAGUGGAUUUGA